UUGAAACCGGAUUUCAAUAAAUCAUCAAAGUAAAUAAGGGAAUUCCCGUACUUUUACCAUACCAAAGAUAUCCUCACAUUCCCUUUUUUUCAAUUACUAUUCCCUAUCCUUGCUUCAAUCCCCUUUUAUCCAGAAUCUAUACUGAAAAACCCUGGCUCUAAAGUAUAUAACCAAAGCAUCACAAACAAAGGACUACAGAAAAUGGAUGAAUAACGAAAGCAAGAAUAGCUCUAAGUUGAACAGUGAGCACAGUUAUUAAUCGACCGUCGUCACAGUCGGGUGUGCGUCAAACUUAUCACAAGAAUUGUAUGAUUCUCCGUCGCCUAAGAAAAUAGUGUGUGAAAAUUUUUUUGUGACUUUUGAUAACAGGACAUUUGAGAGAGAGAAGAAAAAAAAGUCAGUGAUAAGAUAACACAAAACAAAGUAAAACUAAUUACAUAAUCGAUUGAAGAUUAGAAGAAAAAAAAAUAAACAUUUACCACUAAACAAACCCCGUGGUUUUGUGAUAAAAAAUAUUUUUGUUGUUUUAAGUGAUAAAAAAAAAUUUCAAAAAUUUCCUACUUAAACAUGAAUGACGCAGCAGCUUUGGCUGGUAUGAUACCAUACGAUACAAUCGGGCUCUAUGAGCAGCCAAAGCCACGUUUCAUAUUCAAAAUGCCUCGUGUUGUGCCCGAUCAAAAGGCCAAAUUCGAAAGUGAUGAACUUUUUCGAAGAUUAAGUCGAGAAAGUGAGGUUCGAUACACAGGCUAUAGAGAAAGAGCAUUAGAAGAACGUCAAAUACGCUUUCAAAAUGGUUGCCGCGAAGGGCAUACGGAAAUUUCUUUUGUCGCAUCCGGAACGAAUUUGCAAUUAGUUUUCAAUGCCAAUCAGAAUCCUUAUAUUCAGGACAAAGAAUGUGAUUUCGACAAAGAGCAUGGAAAGGUCCACAUUAAAUCUCACUUUAUAAUGAAUGGCGUUUGUGUACGUUUUAGAGGCUGGUUAGAUUUGGAGAGACUUGAUGGAGUUGGAUGUUUAGAAUAUGAUGAACGUCGAGCCAUCCACGAAGAUGCAAUUCUACGUGAACAAAUCGAUAGAUAUAACCAAAGACUUCGUGAAUUUGAAGAUACAAAGCGUGCAUACCGAGAUAGUCGCCAAGAUGAGAUGGAAGCUGUACGUCGCGGUGUAGCUUCUGGUGGUAUUGGAGUUGGUGUUGGAGCAGGAAUGUGGAGGCGAUAGUUUGACUGAUUAAAAUAAUACUAAUUAAAUAAGAAAACAAAAAAUAGGAAUAGUUAAUCGACAAAAAACAACAGAAAAAUUGAUAAAAACUAUGCCUCAAAAUCUUGCCAUUUAAUGGCACUUGGACUUCAUGUGAUUUUUUUUUUUUAUGUUCGAUUCAAUAACAGAUAAAAAUAAUACCAUAAUGUUUGUUUUGACAAAAAAAGUUACGUUUAUAUUAAAUGAACUUUCAAUGAGAUUUUAUUACUUAUCAUUUAU